AUGGGGAAUAUAAUGUCAGCCAGUUUCGCACCCGAAUGUACCGAUUUGAAAACGAAAUACGACAGCUGUUUUAAUGAAUGGUACAGCGAGAAGUUCCUGAAGGGGAAAUCUGUUGAGAACGAAUGCUCCAAACAGUGGGAUGCCUACACGACCUGUGUCAACGCUGCACUCGUCAAGCAAGGUAUCAAACCAGCCCUAGAUGAGGCUAGAGACGAAGCGCCAUUUGAAAACGGCGGCAAACUAAAAGACGUUGACAAAUAA